ACCUACACAUAAUAAAAAAAAUUGUGACAUCUGUAAGAUUCAUCAAAACACAUCAUACCUUACAUACGUCAGACAAGGAAGUGUAAUAUUUUUGUUUUUGUCGUGAAUCUUUCGGCGCUAUGAAUAUCCUUCACCACAAAAGCUGGCAUGUCCGGAAUAAAGACAACAUCGCUCGUGUUCGUCGAGAUGAAGCCAAAGCUAAAGCUGAACAAGAUGAGAAAGAGAGAAAAGUUGCCCUGGCAGAACAAGAAGUAAAGUUAAAUUACUUGCGAAACAAAGCACAGUGCAGUGAUCAACGUCAAACAACCGUUCAAGAUGAUGAUUCGGCUUCCCAAGAAAUUCGUACCGAAGACGACGGCAGUAAAUUGAAACACAUCAACUUUUUCCAAGACUUGGAAGAUGGUGCUGAGGUUAGCGUUGGUGGAAAUGCAAAAUACAUAAAGGAGAAGAAAGAUGAACAGGAAAAAUAUGAAAAACAAAUUGGAUACCUGACGUAUUUGGGCCAAGAUACGAAUGAAGCAUUAGGGAAACGAGACUGGUACGAUCUAGCUCCGAAGAAAAUUGACGCAUACGACGAUCGAGGCAAGAAACUUGAAGUCGGUCUAAAAGUGAAAGACUAUCACGAUCCGCUGAAUGUCAUGAAGAAAUACAUCAAAGAAACGGAGAAACUGCAAAGUGCAAAAGCCAUUUCGGCAACAAAUAGCCACAACAAAACACUAUUUCCAAUACUGACUCACGUACAGAAGCACCACAAGCACAAAAGCAAAAAGUCGUCGAAGUCGAAAAAACACAAAAAGGAAAAGGCAAAGAAACGGUCCCGAUCCCGAUCACCGAUAGAAUCACGAAAAUCGGACGAGAAAGUGCAAAAACUACUACGAUUACGUGCGGAACGUUUGCGGCGCGAAGAGAUCGAAAGAAAUCGAACGAAACUUUUGCUAUCGAAGUAUGAUGUGAAACAGGAAGACGAACCAGUAAUAGCCGACGCCAGAGGAGUGUCAGUGGCACCGACCGUAAUCGAACCAGUCAGAGUUAAGCAGAAGUACAAUUCCCAAUUCAAUCCGGAAAUUGCAAAGCAGAAUUACGAGGACAUCCGUAGAUAUUAAAAUCGAAUUUUAAAACAAAAAAAAA